AUGACCAUCACCAUCCACACCCUCCUCCUCGCCAUCUCCCAAGCCCUAGGCUGGACCUACACCCUCAUCUGGUCCGUCUCGCUGUACCCCCAACUCUUCCACAACUACCGCCGCCGCGCAACCGAGGGCUUCUCGCUCGAUUUCGCCCUGCUCAACGUGCUCGGACUGUGCGGCUACACGGUAUUCAACGGCAGUUUACUCUUCUCGUCGGUCAUCCGCGCCCAGUACGCCGACCGACACCCCCAGAGCCCCGAGCCACCUGUCCACCUCAACGACUUUUUCUAUGCCCUGCAUGGCGCGGUCAUCUGCGGGCUGAUUUACAGCCAGUUCCAGUGGCCGGCGCUGUGGAAUAUCGAUCGCAAGGGCGCGCAGCAGAUGCCGGGCCGGGUGACGAUGAUCUUGCUGGGUGUGUGUUUUGCGAUCGUCGUGGUGGAUGUGCUGGGCGUGUGCUAUUUUCCGGCCCUUGGUGCGGGGGAGUGGAUUGAUGUGAUCUAUCUCAUCGGCAAUAUUAAGCUCUUCCUGACAAUCAUCAAAUACACGCCCCAGGCGUGGCUGAAUUACCGUCGCCAGUCCACUCGGGGCUUCUGCAUGGUUGCCAUCCUGAUGGAUUUCACCGGGGGCAUGCUCUCACUUGUGCAGCUGUUUAUUGAUACCGCGCUGCAGAAUGACUGGUCCGGGGCGGCGGGGAAUGCGCCGAAGCUGGUGCUGGGGAAUAUCACCAUCUUGUUUGACGUUAUUCUGAUGGUUCAGCAUUAUUGUUUGUAUGCGCGCACGUCGCGGCCCGAGACGGUGCGACCGGUGGAGACGGAUCCGCUUUUGGGGGCCGAGGAUGGGAGGGUGGUGCGGGAGUAA